AUGACGAUAGUGGAAUUCUAUAUUUCUAUGGAAGAUUAUGUGUUCCUGAGUCGUACCCUGUUCAGGAGGACUUGCUAUGAGAAGCACACCGAUUUAGAUUCGCGAUUCAUCCAGGAGAUAAAGGCGGAGCAUCAGAGACUUGCUGGUUUACUGCAGAAGAUAGAAAUACUGGAAUGGAAAUGGAAGCAUAUCACGAUGGACUUUGUGGUAGGGCUACUCCGGACCCGGAAGGGACAUGAUGCGAUUUGGAUGGAACCAUUUGAGGCAUUGUAUGACAGAGCAUGUAGAUCGCCUACAUUAUGGGACGAAGUCGGAGAAUCGUUAGUCUUGGGCCUGCAACGUAUUCAGCGAGAUGCAGAGUUGGUUAACACCAUUAGACGCAGAAUGUCAGAAGCCCAGGACCUACAGAAAAGUUAUGCAGAUCAGAGAUGGAGACCUUUAGAGUUUUCUGUGGACGAUCAUGUGUUCCUGCAAGUGUCUCCUACCAAGGGGGUUAGGAGGUUUGGGUUGAAAGGGAAGUUAGGUCCUCAUUACAUCGGACCCUUUCAGAUACAUGAGAGGAUUGGUGAGGUAGCAUAUCGAUUGGCGCUGCCACCAUCACUUGCUUGGGUACAUGAUGUUUUUCAUGUAUCUAUGUUGAGGAAGUACGUGCCACACCCUAUGCAUAUUUUGACAUAUGUACCGAUCACCCUUCAGCCAGAUGUAACAUAUGAGGAGGUUCUAGUGCGGAUAUUGGAUCGCUCUAUAGGAGCUCUAUUUGUGGAUCUUGGCAGCAGGUAUCACCAGAGGACCUAUGCCGGCGAUUUCACCUUCGGGCAGAGGAUCGUUAGAGGUAAGCUUUGUGGUAGGAUAAAGCUGUGGGUGUUAGAUACGGGUGAAGAUGAAUCUGUAUCAGUGAUAGUUUGUGUUUAG